AUGCCGGAUCAACUUGCAAUAUCGGGGGACUCUCCUACCAGUUGGCCCCCUACCACACUUCAAAAACUUACUGGUCUCAAUGGGUCUCACAUCAAGAAUUCUAUUGAUUUUGUGAACAAAAUUGCAAAGAUCAAAACGAAACCCAAUGACAUCCUGGUGAGUUUUGAUGUGGUUUUAUUGUCCACAAAUGUCCCGGUCCAGUAUACGUUGGACAUUAUCAAAAAGUCUGACAAACUUCCGGCCAACUUCUUCCCACUAAUAGAACAUUGCCUAACCUCGACCUAUUUCCAGUUUCAAGGAGAGUUCUUUGAACAAACUUCUGAAGCAGCAAUGGGAUCCCCUGUUUCACCCAUUAUUGCGAACAUUUUUAUGGAACAUCUCGAAGACAAAAUUCUGAAGAACGCACCCCUCAAACCUUCCACAUGGUUCCGAUACGUAGAUGACAUAUUUGUUAUAUGGAGCCACGGCAAAGAAACUCUCCCACCUUUUCUCGCUUUUCUCAACGCCCAACACCCAAACAUUAAGUUUACAAUGAAGGUAGAACAGAAAAACUAA